UAUUGGUUGAAGACACGUGAUCUUCCUCCCUCGCCGUUUCGUGUUACAGGCCCCAACUUAACUUUCCCGUAGCACAAUUCCACCGAAACAAGGCCUCCGCCUCCGCCCCGCCCCUCCGCUGAACACCGUCAUCCAUGGGGUCGAGAUCCGAAGGACGCAAUCUCUCCUUCAAAAUACUCUCCGUCAUGGAGAACGGCGACGUCUCGCCCACCACCACCUCCACUCUUUCCCGCUCCAACUCCGAUCCACCUUCCCUCCAAAAUGAUGAGUCAUCAUCACCCACUCACAAUAACCGCAAGAAAAAGAAGAGAAAAAACAAAAGAGGAACGAUUUCAGCCUCUUCUCCUUUUUCCGAGAACUCCGAAACAAACCGGAAAAUAAAUUAUAAUAUCCUUGGCGUUGAAUAUGGGAGUAGAGAAUUUAGUUAUACUGUGGUGCAGAAGGAGAGCGCCAUCGAGAGUGUAGCGGAGAAAAGUGAGAAUGAUAGUGCAGUGAGUACUGCUACUGGAACGCCGCUUGUGGGCCCGCCUCUGUUUGGAGAGUUGAGGCAGAGGAAUGUGAGUAGUGUGGUGAAUGGAGGGGAUGAUGAAAUGCCAAUGUCAUUAAGAAUCGAGGAAAGUCGUAAUGUUAAUAGUGAUAAUAAGGCGAAGGAAGAAGUAGAUGAGAAUCAGAGUGUUCUUAAGGAAAGUAAUUUGAAUAAACGAACAGAGACGAAUGGGAAGAAAUUGGAGAAGGAAGAAUCUUUGGAUUGGAAGAAAUUGAUGUCUGAAGAUCAAAAUUACUCGUUUCCUGUGGAGAAGUCCCCAGUGAAGUACUUCAUGGAAGAAAUGAAUGCGGGCAAUUCCUUAAGGAGCACCACCACUCCUGGCAAUGAUAAAGAGCGAGAACGAGUCUAUGAUACUAUAUUCCGCUUGCCAUGGCGAUGUGAACUGCUGAUAAACGUUGGAUUCUUUGUCUGUUUGGAUUCAUUUCUGUCACUGUUGACCAUCAUGCCUGCAAGGAUAAUCACAUAUUUUUGGAAGCUUCUGAGAACCAGGCAGUUCAAGAAGCUUUCAUCAGCAGAGCUCUCUGAUCUUGGCUGCUUAGUUGUCCUGGUUACUGGAGUUGCUCUAUUACAACAAACAGAUAUUAGCUUAAUUUAUCAUAUGAUCCGUGGUCAAGGAACAAUUAAACUGUAUGUGGUGUACAACGUGUUGGAGAUAUUUGAUAAGCUGUUUCAAAGUUUUGGUGGUGAUGUGAUGCAAGCUCUAUUUAAUUCAGCAGCUGGACUCGCAACUAGUUCGCCGGAGAACAUGCAAUUCUGGCUUUGGCGAUUUUUUUCAGAUGAAGUGUUAGCAGUGGCUACUUCAAUUGUUCAUUCAUUUGUCUUGUUAGCUCAGGCCAUUACUUUGUCGACCUGUAUCGUUGCACAUAAUAAUGCACUCUUUGCUAUGCUAGUUUCUAAUAAUUUUGCCGAGAUAAAAAGCAACGUGUUUAAACGUUAUAGCAAGGCCAACGUUCACAGUUUGGUAUAUCUUGAUUCAGUCGAGCGGUUCCAUAUUUUGGCAUUCAUCUUGUCUGUUUUAGCUCAAAAUAUCCUUGAAGCUGAGGGUCCUUGGUUUGAAAGUUUUCUUUUUAAUGCACUAGUUGUUUACUUGUGUGAAGUGAUGAUUGAUGUAAUAAAACACUCUUUCAUUGCAAAGUUCAACGACAUUAAGCCUAUUGCGUUCUCUGAAUUUCUAGAAGAUCUCUGCAAACAGACACUGAAUCAAACAGAUAAUGAGCAGAAAAACCUCACAUUUGUUCCGUUAGCACCAGCUUGCGUGGUAAUACGAGUACUGAGUCCAGUUUAUUCUGCUCAUCUCCCUUACGGUCCGUGUCUGUGGUGGAGACUCUUUUGUAUGUUUGUAUUGUUUAUGCCGACGUUCUUGAUGCUCGCUAGUCUUAAGGUGAUGAUUGGCAUGGGUCUUCAAAAACACGCAAGGUGGUAUGUUGAUAGGUGUCAGAAAAGGAAGCUCCAUACCGACUAAGGUCAUAGAUGACUGAAUAAGAACCUCAGCUCAGCUCCAUUGAGAAGUCUAAAUUCGCUUGAUGGUUGGUCUGACUGCUGCUCACAAGUAUUUGAGUUCAACAGAAAAGCACGACCUCGAGUGCUAUGUUAAACCAACAGUGGGUGCUUAUA